CUCAUCCUCCCAUAAUGCAGUGCUCUGCCAGUGUCUGUAGGGGAUGGGUGUUUAAUGCAUCUGUGGUGGUUAGGUCUUCAGGGCCCCAGGCAGAAAGUACAUCGUGCGUGCACCAAUCUAGCCUAGUCCAGGCAUCAAGAAUCAGAAAGGCUGCCCUGCCCACGACCCCAAGACUGUGUCUCCUGCUCCUGCUCUUAGGAAUGGGAUGUGGAGAGAAGACCCCAGAUAUGGGUUCCUGCCAGCCUCAUCCUUCCUGCCAUGAGUGCAUUCAGUCCCACCCCAGCUGUGCCUGGUGCAAGCAAUUGGAUUUUGUGCAAGCAGGUGAAGUGGAUGCAGGGCGCUGUGCUACUCGGCUGGAGCUGGAACGCCGUGGCUGCCUCCCUAGUGAGAUCAUGGACCCCCAUGGCGAGCAGCACAUGCUGGAGGACAGGCCCCUGAGCAGCAGCACCCAACAAGAGUCCUUCACUCAGCUGGCACCCCAGAGAAUUGCUCUGAAGCUUCGGCCUGGGGAGGAGCAGCGUUUCACCGUGCGUUUCCGACGGUCUGAAGGCUAUCCUGUAGACCUGUACUAUCUCAUGGAUCUGUCCUAUUCCAUGAAGGAUGACCUGGAGAACAUCAAGCGCCUGGGAAACAACCUGAUGGCUGCCCUACAUGAUGUUACCACCUCUGUGAAGAUUGGGUUUGGCUCCUUUGUGGACAAGACAGUGCUGCCAUUUGUGAGCACCUCUGCCUCCAAGCGGCGCCACCCCUGCCCAGACCCCGCUGAGGCCUGUCAGCCCUCCUUCAGCUAUCAGCACGUGCUGUCUCUCACUGGCAAUGCCAGUGAGUUCAAGAGCAGAGUCGGCCAGCAACACAUCUCGGGUAAUCAAGACCCAGCAGAGGGAGGCUUCGACGCCAUCAUGCAGGCAGCUGUUUGCAAGGAACAGAUUGGCUGGCGUAAUGUGACAAAGCUACUGGUUUUCACUUCAGAUGGCACCUACCACAUGGCAGGGGAUGGGAAGCUGGGAGGGGCCUACCUCCCCAAUGAUGGGCGCUGCCACCUGGAUGCCAACGGUCAAUACACUAAAAGCCACCUAUAUGAUUACCCCUCCAUUGGACAUUUGGCUGAGGUGCUCUCCAAGUCCAACAUCCAGCCCAUCUUUGCUGUGACUGGCAUCAGGGUCCCGAUGUAUGCGGAGCUGAGCAAGUUCAUUCCCAAGUCAGUCGUUGGGGUACUGAAGGAGGAUUCCAGCAAUGUGGUGCAGCUCAUCACAGAUGCCUACCAUAACCUGUCCUCCACCGUAAGCUUGGAGCACUCCUUGUCAGAGCUUCCUCCUGACAUGUCCAUUACCUACGAUUCGCAUUGUGGGGACUCAGAAACCUUCGGACACACGCGGGGUGGAGAAUGCAUUGGCGUACGGAUCAACCAGUCGGUGCAAUUCACAGUGAGAAUAAAAGCCACUACCUGCCUACUUGGUACAAAGGAGCUGGUGCUACGGGUGCCGGGAGUGAGUGAGGAACUGCAUGUACAGCUGACAACAGUGUGUGAGUGCCAGUGUGGAGACACUCAAUCCAAUGCACACCACUGUUCUGGCGGCCAUGGCAACCUCACCUGUGGUGUCUGCAGCUGCCAGCCAGGCUAUGUCGGUCAGCUCUGUGAAUGCCAGCAAGAGAAGCUGGGUGUCCCAGAGGGCAGCUGCCGAGAUGUGAAUGACACAGGCCCUGUGUGCAGUGGCAAGGGGCAGUGUAUGUGUGGGAAGUGUCAGUGCCACCCUCCAGCGAGUGGGCCCUUCUGCAAAUGUGACAACACCGGCUGCAAACGGCACAAUGGGCAGCUCUGUGCAGGCAACGGGAGGUGCCGAUGCAACAUGUGUGAAUGCCAGGCAAACUACACUGGCAGCGCAUGUGAGUGCAGCCUGGAUACCAGUGGCUGCAUGUGGGAGGGUGCUGAAUGCAGCAGUCACGGGCACUGUGUCUGUAACAGAUGCCAGUGUGAUGCUGGCUGGUUUGACAGCCACUGCAGCCGCUGUGCUGACUGCCAGACACUCUGCGAGGAGCACAGGGACUGUGCAGAGUGCAAGGCCUUUGGCACAGGACCGCUGAGUGCAACCUGCAGUGCCUCCUGCAACCAGACGGUGAGCGUGUUGCUGGCCCCCACAGUGAACGAAAGCUGGUGCCAAAUGAAGGCAGAAGAUGGUCGCCUCCUCAUCUACCUCAUUGGGAAGGAUGAGGCUGGUGGUAUCAUCUUAACAGUGAAGAACCAAGAGGGUACGACUAAGCAGAUAGUCAAGCUAGUACUGGGCUCAGUACUCGGCUCUGGACUUCUCCUCAUUGCAAUAUACUACAGCUACAUACGUAUCUCUGACUGGAAGGAGUUCAAGCGGUUUGAAGAGGAGUGCAAACGUACCAAGGGGAAUGAGGUCAACAACCCAAUAUAUCAGAGUGCCACCACCACCACCAUCAACCCCAAGUACAAUAAGGAUUAACGCACAGCAGACACAGCCUCAGACUUUUAGGACUGUUGGAUCUGGAACAGGGUGUCAUAUGUUCAGCCAUGAUGGAUCUACCUCACAGGCUUAUUGCAAGAACAGAACUUUUUGCAUGUUUUCCUGAAUUUCUGAGAGGGAGGGGUAUGAUAGAAAUGAUGAACUCAGUCUGUUCUGGGUGUACAUCAUAGCUAACCACUUCAUCAUGUACUGGUGAACUAAAAUAGUAAAGCUUUUUGCUACAGUGGAACAUGCUCCCCAUGGGCAUGAGAGGAUUGGAGGCCUUUGGACAACCUGAAGACCCAUCUUUUUACUCUGGUAUUCAAUGAUACAAGGUUAAAUUUUAAUCUGGUUUAAAUGUUUUAUUUUGUUGUGUGUGUGAGUUUACUGUAAACCACCCUGAGCCACUUUAGAAAGGAUGGUAUAUAAAUCAAAAUAAAUAAAAUAACCCUGCCACCCCA